AAUAAGAAGGCAACCUCGAACCUUUUUUAUUUGUUAUUGUUGGUUUAUAAUACUAACAGAAGUGAGAAACCGGGUUUCGUAAAGAUAAGGAUGGACCGUGGCAAGUCGGCGUCGGGAACGAGGGGUUCCAAAGCGAAAAUUUCGCAACAGCUGCCCGACUCCUUUAUUGCGCUCGGGGCAAAGCCCGGCACCUCUAGGGAUGACCCCAAACGGCCGAAUCCCUUGUCAAAACCUACGAUUAGCUCUUCGGCUCCUGUUGACAAGCUGAAACGUGAUGCGAGCUCUUCUAGCUUGUCAGGCCCCGCCUCAAAGAAACUCAAAGUGGGACUGCCCGGCAUUGCUAGAAGUGCAUCGGUCGGAUCUACGGGACUGAUGCCGGUUGAUCGUCUGGGCCAAAGUUCUUCCAGUGUAGAGCCCUGGGAAAGUUUGGCAAUCGAGUGCGAUAUUAAUGAAUUAUUCGAGAAAGUUAUUCACAGCAUCGAGUCCGACAACUCCGAGGCGACUGCGGGUCUUAUUAUCGGCAUUGUGAAAAAUCUGAGGGUAAACAAGUCGAAACCGUGCAAAGUGACGUGGUCCGUGCUUUUCUGCGUGGCCUGUCUGAAACCCGACAUCUUCACCAACGAAAAUGUAACGGCGGCCAUGGUCAGUCUGCUCAGGAGGGACGUGAACGCGGGCUCAAAGGGGGCGCACAAGGGAAACUCGCACGUGCACCAGAUAUUCCUGAACUUGUUGUGUCACUCGUUUUCUGACAAGGAAAACUGGCCGGAAACCUUUGUCAAGCUUUAUGUGGAGGACGCGAUCGGUGACAGGGUGAUCAUAGACAGUCCGUUUGCGAAACCUUUCGUGGACAACAUCGUGACGGCUUUCAACACGAAAUUACCGCCCGCCUCGCUCCUGAGGUCCGAUACUUGGACGUCGGCUGCUAGGGACACGUCCAGCCCUUUGACGGUGAACAGUUUAGACGAGGACGAAGCGUUCGGCGAGCAGAAACUGCUCGUCGAAGGUUGGCAGACGAAAACGCAGCCGCGGUACGUCCACGCUCAGGAGCAGGUCGAGCAGAUCGUGCUCGAAGCCAUCAAGGAAUUGCUCGCCCGUCGCCAACAGCCCGAAACCAUCAGCAAGAACUUCGUGCGAUUCCUCAGCACCGCCUCCGGCCUGAACGAGAUCCGCGUGAUCGGGGUGUCGCGCAUAGAGGCGUGGCUGCACAACCACAAACUGAUGAAACCCGCGCAAGAGUUGCUCGCCCACCUCUGCUACAAUUGCUCGGCGAAUUCUCAGCGCGAUCUCGAGGUGAUCGCUCAACUGAGCAAGCUGAGACUGAAGAACAAACCGAUGGUGAACUAUUUCAACAAUUGCCUGAGGGAAAUGGUGGUCGCGGUGCCGGAGAACCUGUAUCCCCUCCUAAAGUAUACCAUCUACAACGAGCUGAGCAACGCGAGGAACCCGAACAACCUCAUAGUCGUCGGUGCCGUGUUCCAGGUCAAGCCGGAUCACGCGUCCGACGCGUUCGCCGACAUUUGCCUGGAACUGCUGCUGAGCAAAGACGAUUACCUGCGCUCGUUGCGCGCGCUGCUCAAAGAGAUCAACCGGGUGCUCAGGCACGAUUUCAACUUGCUGAGCGUGGUGCACGCGCUGCUGCGCGAGCGCAAAGACACCGUCGCCACUAUCAAAGACCACGAGUUCCGCGAGAGGAUUUUCCUCUCGCUAGUCGAUCUGGUAUCGAUGUGCAUGCUGCUGUGCGUCAGCCCUCAAGUGAGAGACGCCGCCACCCAGACCAAACGCGACCUGAACGUGCUGAAAGCGUUCAAGAUGCAGGUGAGCAACAUUCAGCGCGAGUGUGUCACCUGGCUUCACGAUUCCGCGCUGCGGAUUUACCGACCCAACGUUGCCGACUUCCACCACGGACUGCUAAAGGUACUGUUCCUCGAACAGGCGGAGCACUACUACAAGGUCGACUCGUGGCCCGGGGAAAACGAACGCAAUCUAUUCCUGCGACUGGCCAGCGAGGUACCCCUGCUACAGGCCACCCUGCUCCGCGUCCUGCUCAUCGGCAUUUCGAAGGAGCACCCUAUCGCUCCGACCGACGCCAUCGAGAUCGUCGAUCAGCUGAUCAAACGAGCGGCGAAUCUGCCGCAGGACUGCGUCCCGCCACUGGUCGUCGACAAAGUGGAGAUUCUCGACUUUUUCUUUAACCUUUGCGGCUACAAUUACCCGGAAAACAUCACGCUGCCGCACGGCUACGCCCCGCCCAAAUUGGCCAUAUCGAGCAUCUACUGGAAGGUGUGGCUCAUCCUGUUGAUACUCGCCGCUCACAACCCGCUCAGCGUGGGCAGCCUCGCGUGGAAUAAGUAUCCAAUCUUGAAGAUGUUCAUGGAGAUGUGCAUCACGAACCAUUUCUCGUUCCCGCCGCCGACGAUGAUGUCCCUGGAGGAGGACUACCAGCUGAAGGAGCAACAGCUGAUCGUGCUCGAGAAGCAGACUAUAUUAGAGUUCGAGUCGCACCUCGCGGCCGCGAGUACCAAGGCCGAGAUCAAUGAGCAGACGAGCCUGCUGCUGCCCCAGCUGAUGGAGUUGAACCCGCUCGGACCUGCGAGACGGCCGCCCCAGCACGUCCUGGACGUGCUGCAGACGUUGAACAACUCUCAUCGGUUGGGUCACCUGCUGUGCCGUUCGCGUCAUCCUGAUUUUCUGCUGGACAUCAUGUCCCGUCAAGGAGGUACGUCCCAUAUGCCGUGGCUCGCGGAGCUGGUGCACAGCUCGGAGGGCGUGCUGUCGCACCUCCCCGUCCAAUGUUUGUGCGAGUAUCUCCUGUCCACGGCGCCCGCGGAGAAGCUCACCAAACACGGCCAGCUGCUCGCUCAUCUGCGCACCGUGGUCAACGGUAACGACGCGCAGAACGCCUGCGAGGUGCUCGAGUAUCUCUUCCGACGGCUGACUUCCGAUCAUGGGGCGAGUCGCUCGCAGGCCACCAAAGGCCUCGGCCUGAUCCUGUCCCCCACCGAAGACGUCGACCUCGUCGGCGAAAGUCACACCAACUGGUUGUCGCGGUACAUCGCUCAGUUCGCUCACUUCCCGCUCAUCAAGCCGGUGCUGGUGCAGUUCCUGCGCCAGGCGCUGCAGAUAGAGACCAACCCCGCCGUGGUCUCCAACUACAUCAAUUUCCUGGCCACGCAGGACUGCUACGAGUCGUUCGCGGAGCUGAACGACCUGAUCGCCGACCUCUCUUCCGUCGUCAUCGAACGUCACAGCGUCGUCUCGUACGUGUUGCCCGGGGAGGACCGCGUGACCCUCAAGAACCUGGUGAGCGUGUUCUGUGUGUACACCGCCAAGGCGAAGGAGAACGCCGAAGAAUCGUACGGGGUGCAGCAAAACUACAACAACGAGUACGUCAUCGUGUCGUGGGGGACCGGCGAACAAUGCGCCAUGCAACCGCUGGUCAUACACGCGGCCAUAGUGCUCCUCACCUACGGCCCUUUGGACGAUUUCGAGCCCUUCGACGCCCUGCUCGACACGUGGUUCCCGUCGAACGCGGAACACCCGAGGGCUUACUCGCCCGACACGUCGGAGACGACGUCCUACCUACCGGACUGGGUGAAGCUGCGCAUGAUCAGGUCGAACGUGCCCAAGUUGGUGGACGCUGCUAUCGAGAAGCUCGAACCGCCGAAACUCGUGCUGUUCAUCCAAUCGUUCGGCAUCCCCACCAAUUCGAUCAGCAAACUGCUCAACACUCUGGACAAGGCGACCAUCUUGGAUCAGAAGCUGGUAGUCGACUCGGUACUGGACAAGACCUACAUGAUUCAGCUGGUCGAGGUGCAGAAUAGGCGUGGGGCGGUGGGCGGCGACAUUUUCGUCAAAGCGAUCGAGAUGCAGGUGGGCGGGGUGCCGGACGCCGACGUCACCAUAGCGGUGGCGACGAGGAGGCCGCCCCCCGUGACAGCCGCGAGGUUGAGCCCCGGCUUAGAGGGCGACGGCGACGCCGUCCGGACGCUCGCGCUCGUCUACGACGCCGGGCCGGGCGUCGACAGGAAUCGGCCGAUCUUGAAGCUGCUGAAGAACGUCCAACGGAACGGCAAACAUCUGCGGAGCAUGUUCGAGGUGGUUUAUUCCAAACCGAUAGAGCAGACGGUCGAUCUGGUUACACGCUACGGCAGUUUCUCGGCUUUAUUUCGCUUGGUCUUCGACGGGACGAGCGAUGCUAGAAAAAGUAACUUGGCGAGGCAGCUGCUCGCGCUUAUACCUGCCAACAACAGCGUGGCGGCGUUCCUGCGCCGCGGCGGCUACGCGGGCGGUCCGGCGAAAGUCGACGGAAAGGAAGGCGGAGCGGAAAAGACGCCCGACAACCCCGCCUUGCCGGACAAGUUCAGCGACAAGUUCGGCGAAUUGCUGCUUAAAGAGGACGCGGAAGGCGAGAGGGCAGGGCUACUGGUCGAUUGGUUGUCGGCCGUCGAAUUGGAAAUCGCGAAUUCGGAGGAUCACAAAUUGCAGGUAAAUCUGCUGUUUUCGCGCAAGGAACUGCACUUCCGUCCGCUGCUGAUGUCGCUGUUGCUGCAACGGGCCAGCUGGAAGAUCCUGCACAGCAUAAUGGCCCACUUGCUGAGCGCCGUCGACCGGAGCGCCAUCUGCCCGGUGUCGACCCUCGAUUUUCUCACCGCCCUGAUAAACAGCCCCAAGCUGUGGCAGGGCAGGGACAAAACGAUACCUAAGCAUUCCCGUCCGGAGGACGUGCUGCAACUCGACGAGACGCAGGUGCACUCCGUCGUCAAGUACGUGCUCGAAGAGUCUGCGAUCCACUCGGACGGUUGGAAAUCGAAAAUGGAGUCGCGGCUGCAGCUGCUGCUGAAAUGUAUCGGCGAGAACGCGGUGGGCGUGGUCAGGGCGUUAUUUAGCGACGCCGACGCCCGCUCCCGCGAGCUGUUGCUGAUGAUUUACAUGGCGUUGCCGUUUUCCGGACAGGACGAGGUCGAAUUCAAGCCGGACGCCGGGUCCGACAUUUACGCGAAGAACUGUCCUAGUAGCGUGGACGAGAUAUCCCACUGUCUGUUGAGCGCUCUCACCGCCACCUCGCGGACGAAAGAUUGGACGAAGAAAAGCCAAGAUUUGGAGAUGUGCGCGCGCAAGUUGGCCGCCACCCAUCCCGUUUUGGUUCUGAGACAACUGCCGAUGCUGGCCGGCAGUCUCAAAGGUCGCGCUCAGUACGAUUGGGGCGUGCUCAAGGGCAGGGGUCACCUGGCUCUUUUCGGCCAGGUGCUCGGCCUUAUGGAACUCCUGCAGCCGUACAUUUUCCACCAGAACACUACCCUGUGCGACCUCCUCGACACUUACUUCCUGCUGUUGCAGUAUCACGGGCAGUCGAAGGAUCUGGGACCGUUGGUGAAGCGGUUGGUGACUUUUAUCCAAAACUGGAUGAUGAAGGACGUGAGGGGCGCGUCCAAGUUCCUGCAGGAGCACGGGGGUCUUUUGAACGACGUGCAGUUUAGUCAGCCGGGCGUCCGACCUCUCCUUUCGAGCGUCUCACUGCCCGUCAUCGACCAGGAAAACUCCACCGACCUCCUAAUCGGGGCGGUCAACGCUCCCACCCCAGAACUUUACCCACAACACUGGUCGAAAUUGAAAAAUGCGCUCCUGGCCCCGGACAACCUCAACGCCCUCCAGGAGAUCGACCACCUCACCAACAAAAGGGCCCAAUUGCUAGAAACCGUAUCGCAGUACUUGUACGGGCUGAUUGAGUCGCCGAACAACUCUACCAGGUGCCUCGCACUUUCUCUGGUCGUCAGGUGGCUGAAACACAAUCCCAAAGCGGCAUCGGACGCCCUACCGGCCAUUUUGUCUUGUCUCGACAGCGAAAACGGCGACGUGAUUGUCAGUUUGAUGGAAAGACUGCCCGAUCUGGUUCCCGUGAUGCAGGAAUACGCCAAGAUUAUUUUCACCAAGGUUUUCGAGCUCGGCAUGCGAUCCGAGCUGGUCACCACCGCGAAUUUCACCAAAACCAUCAAUCUGCUUAACUUACAGUACGGGUGCUGAGCCACUACCCUUUAAACAUUGUUAUGAUUCAAUAAAGUAUUACAACACC